ACGGAAAUAUUCCAACAUCAUCUCUGACUUUCGAAAGGCAACCACCAACAUCAUAUCUACUCUUGUUCUUGAAAGACGGCCAGAUAUCGCGGAUAUCUACACGGUUCCCUUGAAUCUCUUUAGGGAAUAUCCCAACAAAAUUCCACCAUGGGUUCUAUGGUCCUCCCCCAUCUCCAGAAUGCCUGGCAAGUCGACCAGGCCAUUCUCUCCGAAGACGAGCGAUUGGUGGUAGUCAGAUUCGGUCGAGACUCACAUCCUGAUUGUUUACGACAGGACGACGUUCUGUCCAAGAUUGCAGAUCGGGUCAAGAAUUUUGCUGUUAUUUAUCUGUGCGAUAUAGAGCAGACGCCGGAUUUCAACGCCAUGUAUGAAUUGUACGACCCAAUGACGAUAAUGUUCUUUUUCAGAAACAAACACAUGAUGUGCGAUUUCGGAACUGGUAACAACAACAAACUGAACUGGGUCUUGGAAGAUAAACAAGAGUUGAUCGACAUCAUUGAAACCAUCUAUCGCGGCGCAAAGAAAGGUCGUGGUCUGGUUGUUAGUCCUAAGGACUAUUCGACCCGUUACAGAUAUUAGACUAUCUACCUACUGUCUUGUGGUUCGGAAAUUCGGAGGAGUUGCUCGGUCUAGGAUUUAUGAUUCAAUGAUAAUGAUAUGAUACUUGAUCUAUUUACGCUUUCAAAUAAUUCAAUAUCUCGUCCAC